AUGGAAACCAAAUCGGCUGAAAGCCCGGAAACACUUUUUGAUUUCAAAAGACGUUUGGCUCUGUGUCAGAAAGGUCAAAAACGGACAAAAACACCUUCCUUUUCUAAGUCUCAAGCAAAUGCAGAAAGAACUACUAGAAAUCCUUCUGGAAUUGUUCUAGGACCCCAGAAACGUACAUGGAACACCGGUUGUCAUGUAACUCAAACACCCAAAUCUGCUUUGCCUCGCACGGGAGUUCUUGGGGCAGAAUCUUCUGCCAUUCCUUCGAAUUCUUCCUUGAAUUCCAAUUCUCACAGUCAACCGUCAGCUACACAGGGUCAUGCAUUAUCAAAUGGUAGGAAUGGCAGUUCCAAGUUUGCUGAUUACCGACCGCUCGAAAGGCCUUUUGCCAGAAAUUCGUGUGGCGAAUCGAGAAAGGAAUUUAGAAACUCUAAUGAGACUAAGUCAGGUCAUGCUCCUCUUUCCCUAACAAAUAAUACUGCUAGCAUUAGUAGACCAAGAGAUCGCCUUAGAAAUCCUGAGGGCAGUUCAUUUUUUUCUCGUUCUUAUGGUAAUCCAAAAGAGCCUUCUAGUAAUCGGAAUCCAAGUAAACACUAUGGUGGUUUACAUUCUCAUCGCCAUAACAGUAGCAUUGAAGAUGAACCCGAGUGGUUCUCCGAAGGUCCUUCUAAUAUCAAUGAGACCAUCGAACUAGUUGGAAUGAAUGAAGAUGACAUUGAUUUAAAGAUGGAUCGCCUCAAUCGCCGUAAUCCCCUUGAAUCUUUCGACCUUAGUGUUAAAGAGGUUGACAGUCGCACUGUGGAGUCACGUAAGCCGGAAGGAUCUGACCAGAAGGCUGUCAGCUUCGAAAACGACUCAUGUUCUAGCGCUAAUGGUGUUACUUCAGCAAUCAUCGCCGAUGAUCCAGCAAUUUUUUCAGCCAGUAGUCAAAAUCAAAAUACGGAAAUGAAUUUGACAUCUAUCAACGAUCUGAGUGCAUUGUUGUCGUUACCGAUUCCAACAUCUCCAGAAGAAACUGAAUUUGACCCUGGAAGUAUGCUGAUGAAUGGUGCCGGGGAUUCGAGUAGGAAAACUGUGUCUUCAUCUGGAGGUAGCAGACUUCGUCAUCUUUUCUCCAAUAUUACUUGCGAAGAACCUUCUGACUCGUCAACUCAUGCUCAUCAGAAUCACGUAGACUCUCAUGAACGUAAGUCAGGCGAUGUUUACUCACUUAUUUCGAGGGGGAUUUCAACGCCUAUUUCAUCUAGUGAUAUAGGAGAUUCGAAUGUUGGGAAUUGCUUGUCAUCCAAGCCUCCAACGCAUUAUCCAGCAGUUGCUCUCGAGCAGAAGUUGCGUUCUCUCUUGCUAGGUCGUGGUCCUACGCCUUCCUCUUCAGUUGAUAAACUCAUUUGUUCUCCUUCAAAAGUUGACACUAGAUCUUCUCGCGUUCUAACGGUGGAGGAAUUGGAGGCGGACUUAGGCACCUGUAACAAUCCCACAGAUAUGCCUUGUUCACCUCAUCUUCUGUCCAGUGAUAGUUUCCAGCCUUGUUCUACCCUUGAUAGAUCUGGUCCUAUCUUGGCUCAUCCCACCGUUGAUUCUUUUCUGAAUCCAUCUUUUCGAAUCCAUCCGGCUUCUGCUGGCCCAGGAUCUGCGCUUUCUACUGGUAUCGGUACCAGUUCUCAAUUUCCUAUACGAUCUUCAAAUGCAUCCGCUAUACUCAGACAUCCAGUCGGCCUUCCUCCUGGGCUGCAGAGCCUUCUUAAGCAAGCUCAUUCCUCCAUGACAGGACCUGCAGCUUGUCCCGGGGCCCAGACUCAUCUGACUAACCAGCUACUAGCGGAUGUCGCAGUCGUUGCAAACACCCAGAAACCGAUAGGACCGUCGACCAGCUCCAGCCAGCAACAAGCUGCUGCGACAGUACUUCGAAUUAAUAGUCAGUUGCAACAAUCGCUAAAUAUGAUGAUGAUGCUUCGUGGACCUAUGUCAGGCAUUACCCAAGCUUCGGUAAGUAACAUUUAUUAUAACUACCUAACAAUGCGCUUAUCGUUAAUCCAAUUUCAUUAUUCAAUUUGUGAUUCUAUAAACACAUUUAACGCUAUUUCCUUUUAG